CGUUGAUUCUAGUCGGAGCCAGACUUUUGCUCCAGGGCUGGGUUUGCAUCAUCCCAUCACACCCUGGGGAGAGAGGAGCCAGCCCCCUUUCCAGCCUCGGCUUCCGGCGCUAAGGCGACCCCUCCCCCUCCAGUCCCCUUCCCCUCCUCGCAUCCCUCUUUCUUUUGGCCUUAGCAUUCUACCCAUCUCCUCGCUCUACCCCCGCAACAUCUUCUUUCUUUCUCCUUCCUCUCCCCCAUUUGUUGUUUGAUGUUUCCCACUCUUUGAGGAAGAAUGGUUGAUUUGGAGAGCGAAGUGCCCCCUCUGCCUCCCAGGUACAGGUUUCGGGAUUUGCUGCUAGGGGACCAAGGAUGGCAAAACGACGACAGAGUACAAGUUGAAUUCUAUAUGAACGAAAACACAUUUAAAGAGAGAUUAAAGUUAUUUUUCAUUAAAAACCAGAGAUCAAGUCUAAGGAUACGCCUGUUCAACUUUUCUCUCAAAUUAUUAAGCUGCUUAUUAUAUAUAAUCCGAGUGCUACUAGAAAACCCUUCACAAGGAAAUGAGUGGUCUCAUAUCUUUUGGGUGAACAGAAGUCUACCUUUAUGGGGCUUACAGGUAUCAGUGGCAUUGAUAAGUCUAUUUGAAACAAUACUACUUGGUUAUCUGAGUUAUAAGGGAAACAUCUGGGAACAGAUUUUAAGAAUACCCUUCAUCUUGGAAAUAAUUAAUGCAGUUCCCUUCAUUAUCUCAAUAUUCUGGCCUUCCUUGAGGAAUUUAUUUGUUCCAGUAUUUCUAAACUGUUGGCUUGCCAAACAUGCCUUGGAAAAUAUGAUUAAUGAUCUACAUAGAGCCAUUCAGCGUACGCAGUCUGCAAUGUUUAACCAAGUUUUGAUUUUGAUAUCUACGUUACUAUGCCUUAUCUUCACCUGCAUUUGUGGAAUCCAACAUUUGGAACGAAUAGGAAAGAAGCUGAAUCUCUUUGAUUCCCUUUAUUUCUGCAUUGUGACGUUUUCUACUGUGGGCUUCGGGGACGUCACUCCUGAAACGUGGUCUUCCAAGCUUUUUGUUGUUGCUAUGAUCUGUGUUGCUCUUGUGGUUUUACCCAUACAGUUCGAACAGCUGGCCUAUUUGUGGAUGGAGAGACAAAAGUCAGGUGGCAAUUAUAGUCGACAUAGAGCUCAGACUGAAAAGCAUGUUGUUCUGUGCGUCAGCUCACUGAAGAUUGAUUUACUUAUGGAUUUUUUAAAUGAAUUCUAUGCUCAUCCAAGACUACAGGAUUAUUAUGUGGUGAUUUUGUGUCCUACUGAAAUGGAUGUGCAAGUUCGAAGGGUAUUACAGAUUCCAAUGUGGUCUCAAAGAGUUAUCUACCUUCAGGGUUCCGCUCUUAAAGAUCAGGAUCUGCUGAGAGCAAAGAUGGAUGAUGCCGAGGCCUGUUUUAUUCUGAGCAGCCGUUGUGAAGUAGAUAGGACAUCAUCUGAUCAUCAGACUAUUUUGAGGGCAUGGGCUGUAAAAGAUUUUGCUCCAAAUUGUCCUUUGUAUGUCCAGAUAUUAAAGCCAGAAAAUAAAUUCCAUAUCAAAUUUGCUGAUCAUGUUGUUUGUGAAGAAGAAUUUAAAUACGCCAUGUUAGCUUUAAACUGUAUUUGCCCAGCAACAUCUACACUUAUUACACUACUGGUUCAUACCUCUAGAGGGCAAGAAGGCCAGCAAUCGCCAGAACAGUGGCAGAAGAUGUACGGUAGAUGCUCUGGGAAUGAAGUUUACCACAUUGUUUUGGAAGAAAGUACAUUUUUUGCUGAAUACGAAGGAAAGAGUUUUACAUAUGCCUCUUUCCAUGCACACAAAAAGUUUGGUGUCUGCUUGAUUGGUGUUAGGAGGGAAGACAAUAAAAACAUUUUGUUGAAUCCAGGUCCUCGUUACAUUAUGAAUGCUACAGACAUAUGUUUUUAUAUUAAUAUUACCAAAGAAGAGAAUUCAGCAUUUAAGAACCAAGACCAGCAGAGAAAUAGCAAUGUACCAAGAUCAUUUUAUCAUGGACCUUCCAGGUUACCUGUACAUAGCAUAAUUGCCAGCAUGGGUACUGUGGCUAUAGAUUUGCAAGACACAAGCUGUAGAUCAGCAAGUGGUCCUACCCUGUCUCUUCCUGUAGAGGGAAGCAAAGAAUUAAGAAGACCUAGCAUUGCUCCUGUUUUAGAGGUUGCAGAUACAUCAUCAAUUCAAACAUGUGAUCUUCUGAGUGACCAAUCAGAAGAUGAAACUGCACCAGAUGAAGAAAUUUCUUCAAAUUUAGACUAUGCUAAAGGCUACCCACCCUACUCUCCAUAUAUAGGAAGUUCACCCACUUUUUGUCAUCUUCUUCAGGAAAAAGUGCCAUUUUGCUGCUUAAGGUUAGACAAGAGUUGCCAGCAUAACUACUAUGAGGACGCAAAAGCCUAUGGAUUCAAAAAUAAACUAAUUAUAGUUGCAGCUGAAACAGCUGGAAAUGGAUUGUAUAAUUUUAUUGUUCCUCUCAGGGCAUAUUAUAGACCAAAGAAAGAACUUAAUCCCAUAGUACUGCUUUUGGAUAACCCGCCAGAUAUGCAUUUUCUGGAUGCAAUCUGUUGGUUUCCAAUGGUUUACUACAUGGUGGGCUCUAUUGACAACCUAGAUGAUUUGCUCAGGUGUGGAGUGACCUUUGCUGCCAAUAUGGUGGUUGUGGAUAAGGAGAGCACCAUGAGUGCCGAGGAGGAUUACAUGGCAGAUGCCAAAACCAUUGUAAAUGUGCAGACUCUUUUCAGGUUGUUUUCGAGUCUCAGUAUUAUCACAGAGCUUACUCACCCAGCAAACAUGAGAUUCAUGCAGUUCAGAGCCAAAGACUGCUAUUCCCUUGCUCUUUCAAAACUGGAAAAGAAAGAACGGGAGAGAGGUUCUAAUUUAGCCUUCAUGUUUCGACUGCCUUUUGCCGCUGGAAGGGUUUUUAGCAUCAGUAUGUUGGACACUCUUCUAUAUCAGUCAUUUGUAAAGGAUUAUAUGAUUUCUAUCACUAGACUCCUGUUGGGACUGGACACUAUACCAGGAUCGGGGUUUCUUUGUUCUAUGAAAAUCACCGAGGAUGACUUAUGGAUCAGAACGUAUGCCAGACUUUAUCAGAAGCUGUGUUCUUCUACUGGGGAUGUUCCCAUUGGAAUCUACAGGACAGAAUCUCAGAAACUCACUACAUCUGAGUCUCGAGAAAUAGCAUCACAAUCCCAAAUAUCUAUCAGUGUGGAAGAUUGGGAAGACACCAAAGACUCCAAAGAGCAAGGCCACCACCGAAGUAACCACCGCAACUCCACCUCCAGUGACCAGUCAGACCACCCCUUGCUGCGGAGAAAGAGCAUGCAGUGGGCCCGGAGGCUAAGCAGAAAGGGUCCCAAGCACUCUGGUAAAACAGCUGAAAAAAUAACCCAGCAGCGACUGAACCUCUACAGAAGGUCAGAAAGACAAGAGUUGGCUGAACUUGUGAAAAAUAGAAUGAAACACUUGGGUCUUUCUACAGUGGGAUAUGAUGAAAUGAAUGAUCAUCAAAGUACCCUCUCCUACAUCCUGAUUAACCCAUCUCCAGAUACCAGGCUUGAACUCAAUGAUGUUGUAUACUUAAUCCGACCAGAUCCACUGGCUUACCUUCCAAAUAGUGAACCCAGUCGGAAAAACAGCAUCUGCAAUGCCACUAAUCAAGACUCAAGGGAGGAAACUCAACUUUGAUAAAAGGAAAAUAAGAGACUACUUUUUCCUAUAAGGAUCUUGCUUGAAACAGCAAAAGUGUUGCAGAAAUUAAAAGAAACUAUACUGAAAUAUAUUUAACUCUUUCCUACUAAAGCAAAAAUCUAUUCUCUUAGAAGUAUAGAUCAUUUUGAAACUCUAUGUAUUAUUUAUUGGUACUUCCCCUAUUACUACUUAAAAGACAACAGUGGAAUGAAUCUGAAAACCAAAAGUAAAACAAAAAAAAUUAAAUGUGAUAUUCAACUCUUUGACAGUAAAUUGAACUAUAUGAAGCCACCUUAACAAAAAUUAAGGUUUUAUGAAGUAAUGAAAAAUUUUAGUAUUUGGUAUGUCCCAAAGGACAUUGAAGAUUGUUACUCCUCUUAAAAAUAAAUGUGUCAGCAUAUUCUUUAAACUUGCUGUUUUAUAAAACUGAGCUCAUCAUAAAUGUCUAGUCUUCUCUGCCUAGAGAUUACCCAACAAACUUGUGUGGCUGAUUUUUGUGUAAGAAUCAGAGUUUGCUUUAGCAUACAAAUCUUAAAGUCAUUUUAACCCUUUCUGUCUGCCUUUUCAUAUGAUAUAUUAGUUUAGAAUUUGAGAUGUUCAUAGCAUGUUUAAUUACACAGAAGAAAUUAAAACAUAAAAAGAAAUAUGAAGUACUGAAUAUUUUGGUGACCUUAUAACCAGCACACACUUUAUGCUAAGAAAAGUGUAUUAAAAAGUAAAUAUUAUUCUCCUAAAAGAAUGCCUAGCAUAGAGAAAACACUUAAUAAACAGUUGUUGAUUUUAAUUUUAUUCCAAAAAUUGAAACAGUAACUGGAUUUCUGAAAUAUGCAGAAAUGAUUUUCAUUAGACUCUUGAACUUUAACAUUUUUCAUAUAUCUAUGUAUUUAAUUUCACCAGAAAAAUAAUUUAAAAUUGAAGGAAAAAUAUUUGUACUUUUUAUGGACUACAGAAAUAUGUCAAAAUCUUAAACAUCCUCCAUAUGUCUUUGGCAUUAAAAUAAUUGCCCUCAAAAUAGGAUGUUAAAAUUUUUUUGUUUCAAUUUUGGGAAAAUGACCAAUGUAGAGGACAAUGAGUAAACAGAAACUAAAAUAAAUCAUAAAAAUGGAUAAGACAAAGAUGCUGUUAUGGAAUUUUGGAAAUCAUCCAUAUUAUUGUAUUUGAACUUGGUGAGGAAUGAGCAUUAAAGAAUAGGUAAUCCUUGCCCUUUAAAUUUAACAUGAAUUUUUCAGAAUUUGACAGUUAUAAAUUUAAAUAUAAAUUGGCCCUUGGAGACACUAAUGCUUUUGUCUGGAUUGUUUUCCUUCCCUAUAUAAAUAGACCAAAAAGUACAAGAGAAAGCACAGAUAGUUUGCCUGGUGGUAGAAGGGUGUUAAAGUGUUACUGUGGGAUAGACUUUGCUAAAUUUUUUAAUAUAUUUUUCUUCUAAUUGCCUAUUUUUUAAAAUUCCUUAAUUUGACAUUGAGUUUCCAUUCAUGAAAUAAUACUAGGACCUCAAGAAUAGUACGGAACAUUUCUGUCCUUUUUACAAAAUAAUGAAGCAGAUCAACUGAAAGGAAAAUAGAAAUUUAUUUUUUAAAAAUAUAAAGAAAUCCUAAUAUUUCCCUAAUAAUUACAUAGGAAAAAAUGAAAGAUAUACAAUAUGAAAUCAAAGAAUAUUGUCAUUGCACAUUUGGACUUGGGGAGUGAAAUGAGUUUUUUUAAAAUUUUUAAAUAUAAUUUGCAAUACCCAUAUUUUAGAAUGGCAAGAACACCAACAAUUUCUCUCCAGAGAGAAGCUCUCUUUAUUCUUCUCUAAUUGGUUAGAGAAGUAGAAUUAUGACAAGUUAUUUAAAAUUGGGAGCAUGCCUUAAAACUUACUGAUUGUAUGCAUAUAUGUGUGUGUAUGUUAUAAAUGUCAAAUAUAUUUGACAAAUACACCUAUCAUAUAAUUGUUAAAAUUGACGGCAGAAUUGAACUAAUGAUAUAAUGGAAACAAAUAAGGAACAUACUGAACUUGUUUCAUAUUUGCACACUGAUAGUCAAAUAUGAUGUUUCUUUGAGUUGACAUUUUUUUACUCCAUUAUGGUUAUUUUUAGGAAUAAAAUAAGAUUUUACAAAUCUUCUAUUUCCCCACAAGAUCUGAAGUUUAGUAUUUUUGCAUUUUGACAGUUGUUAAGACUAGGAUUUUAAGCUAGGAUAUAAUUAUAUUUCCUAUAAGACUAAAAAUUUUGUUUGAUAACUUUUAAAGUAAUUAUUUUUUAUUAUAAACGUUAUCCCAAAUUUAAUAUUUGACAGAGUUCAUAUCAGCUUGCUAUAAUAAUAAUAGUUUAUUAGUCUCUCGGGUUAUUUAAAAAAAUAAAACAUGCUUAUAAAAUAAUUUUAACAAACUGUUGCCUUUUUAAAAUAAUUACACUAGCACAUUGAAAAUAAAACAUAAAGUCAAUAAUGGUCCUUGUAGCCCUAUGGGAAUUGGUUCUGUUUAUUGUCUGUGUACCAUUUUGCUACCAGUUACAUUGAAUUGCUUUAGAAUAAAUAAUAAAAUUAUUUCUGAUGAUGAAA